GCUUCCUGCUUCCCAGAGGCCGGGAUCCGGAGCCACCCGAGGCCUGUGCUGCAGCCCCCGGCGCCCACGACAUGUCCUUCCGCAAAGUGGUGCGGCAGAGCAAAUUCCGUCAUGUGUUUGGGCAGCCGGUCAAGAAUGACCAGUGCUAUGAAGACAUUCGAGUGUCCCGUGUUACCUGGGACAGCACCUUCUGUGCAGUAAACCCCAAGUUCCUGGCGGUGAUUGUGGAAGCCAGUGGUGGCGGUGCCUUCCUGGUGCUCCCCUUAAGCAAGACGGGCCGCAUUGACAAGGCAUACCCAACGGUGUGUGGGCACACAGGACCUGUGCUAGACAUCGACUGGUGUCCUCACAACGAUGAAGUCAUCGCCAGUGGCUCAGAGGACUGCUCGGUCAUGGUGUGGCAGAUCCCUGAGAAUGGGCUGACCUCCCCACUGACUGAGCCGGUGGUGGUGCUGGAGGGGCACACCAAGCGAGUGGGGAUUAUCACCUGGCACCCAACAGCCCGCAAUGUGCUGCUGAGUGCAGGCUGUGACAACGUGGUGCUCAUCUGGAACGUGGGCACAGCAGAGGAGCUGUACCGCCUGGACACCCUGCACCCAGAUCUCAUCUACAACAUCAGCUGGAACCGCAAUGGCAGCCUCUUUUGCUCCGCAUGCAAGGACAAGAGCGUGCGCAUCAUCGACCCCCGUCGGGGCACCCUGGUGGCAGAGCGAGAGAAGGCUCAUGAGGGAGCCCGGCCCAUGAGGGCCAUCUUCCUGGCAGAUGGCAAGGUGUUCACCACAGGCUUCAGCCGCAUGAGUGAGCGGCAGCUGGCGCUCUGGGACCCAGGAAACCUUGAGGAGCCCAUGGCCCUGCAGGAGCUGGACUCGAGCAACGGGGCCUUGCUGCCCUUCUACGACCCCGACACCAGUGUGGUCUACGUCUGUGGCAAGGGUGACUCCAGCAUCCGGUACUUUGAGGUCACAGAUGAGCCCCCCUACAUCCACUUCCUGAACACAUUCACCAGCAAGGAGCCCCAGAGGGGCAUGGGCAGCAUGCCCAAGAGAGGCUUGGAGGUCAGCAAGUGCGAGAUCGCCCGGUUCUACAAACUACAUGAACGCAAGUGUGAGCCCAUCAUCAUGACUGUGCCAAGAAAGUCGGACCUCUUCCAGGAUGAUCUUUACCCUGACACAGCCGGGCCUGAGGCAGCCUUGGAGGCAGAGGAAUGGGUGAGCGGGCAGGACGCUGAGCCCAUCCUCAUCUCUCUCCGGGAGGCCUAUGUGCCCAGCAAGCAGCGGGACCUGAAGGUCAGCAGGCGCAAUGUGUUAUCCGACAGCCGGCCCACUGCGGCCCCAGGCCCCACCCGCCUGGGGGCCCCUGCCAUGCCUGCUACCGUUGCUGACACCACCCCCAGCAGCAGCAUUGCCGGAGCUGGGGAGGCUGGAAAGUUAGAGGAGGUGGUACAGGAGCUGCAGGCGCUGAGGGCACUGGUCAAGGUGCAGGGGGAGCGCAUCAGCCGCCUGGAGUUGCAACUCGGCCGCCUGGAGAAUGGGGAUGCAUAGGCCACCGCCUAUGGACACAACCUCCACCUCCCCUCCUUCCUCUCAGUUUCUGCAGUGGGUCUUACUGGGCAGGCUGUUGAGUCUUCUGAGGCAGCUCUGGGGCCCCGUCACGCUCAACUUCCUUGGGGCUAGGCUAGAGCCACGCCUGGCUCACUUCAUCACUGGGAGGGUUUUUGUACCAAGGCGAGCUUUCUUGUCCUCUGAGGGACUGGACCAUCCCCCCACUCCUGCCUGCCUUCCAUUCCCUCCCCAGAAGAGGUGGGUGGGAUGGGCAUUGUAUUUUCAUUACAAAUAAAAUAAUCUUUCUAAAAGCCA